UGCACUCACUGCCAAGUGAUGCAAGACUGUGAUAAUGGGCGCUCCGCCCACCCGCAUAAAUAGUGCAUGGGAAGCAGGCAUCGAACAGUUGCAGCAUAGUUAGUGGCUGAGAGCUGUAAAGAUGACGGAUAUCGAAGACUUGCUGCCCCAGAAUUUUGCCUAUGUCAUCCUGACUUUCAUCUACAGCUAUGUAAUGCUGAUGUACCUCGGUAUAAAUGUGGGGAAAGCAAGGAAAAAGUACGGAGUGAAGUAUCCACAGAUGUACUCUGACAAGGAGAACGUGUUUAAUUGUAUCCAGAGAGCACAUCAGAACACCCUGGAAGCAUAUCCCGCAUGGUUGAUCUUCCAACUGAUAGCAGGUCUUGCAUAUCCAUUGUCUGCAUCGGUAUUGGGUGCUAUUUGGGUAACCAGCCGCUUUUCCUACGCCUGGGGAUAUUACACAGGAGAUCCACAGAAAAGAAUGAAAGGCGCUUAUGGUUAUAUAGGACUCUUCGGGGUUAUCCUGAUCUCUCUUGCUACAGCUCUGCAACUUCUCGAUGUUAUUUGAUUAAAUAGCUUACUCUUUUUGAUAACAUUCCAGUUUGUCUUUAGAAAUUCCUUUUCAGAAUAGGUAUGGAAAUAUAUAGCUGGGUUAGCUCGUGUUACUAUCAAUAUAGAUUUCUGAAACACAUUUUGU